GGCAGCCGGAAGCUAGAAUCUUUGCAGUUUCCAAACUGAACACAAAGCAAAUGAAAAGAUGUGGCUGAUUUGAGUCAGUUCUGGCAAAAAUGUGGGAUGUUAUGUCAACACCUGAUAUUCCACAUUUUCUUAAGAUGAAAAGAGUUAAACAUGAGCAGAUACAGUCGACUGUCACUCAUUAUUUAAAGAGGAGGCACUUCAUGGACGCAGAGGUGAGUGGGAAACGGGAGUGUGGAGCUACACAACAGUUGAGUGAGGUGGCCCUGCAUGGGAGCGUCAACUGCAAUGGCAACACUGAGAACGUCCUUGUCUACAGCAGCAUUUCUGGGGAUGCCACAGCUUGUGAUCAGCAAUUCACAAGAUUGAAACAUUUUGUACUGGAUGCUGUGGAGCCCUACCAGGGAGAACUUCGAGGUCUUCUCUUCCCAAUGUUUGUCCACGUCUACCUGGAACUUCUCUGUAAUGGACAUAAGACUCCAGCCCAUAAGUUCCAUGAUCGGCAUGUUUCACUACUGAGAGAGGAUGACAGUCACAAGAUGCUGAUCAAAGCACUGCGGAAGAUGGACACCAAACUAGAUGUAGCCAACUCACAAGAUGUCGGGAACUUCAGAGACAACAAGUUCAGCAUCUCCUUGACAGAGGCCAGUCUGAGUUACCUGAUGAGGCACCUCAAAAUGGAGGACAACAUGAUAAUGCUGCAAAUCUUCAACCAAUUCUUCCAUGUAGAAGUGAAGCAUAAAGAGCUAAGCAACAUGGAACUGACCGACACCCCCAAGGUGGAGGACGACCAUGCUACCAAGCAGUCCAGCACGACCCCAGUGUCCAGUGAUGUCAGCAUGUCCACCCUCACACAGUCCAUCCAGAAGGUUCGAGAUGGACCACCCUGUAUGUCCUCAAUAUGUGUCUACACAUUCCUCAACGCUUACCAAGGGUUGUGCAGUACGUGUGUCUCCCCCGAUGGCGAGAGUCUGGCCGCGGGGUUUGAAGACUCCACUGUGUCUCUAUGGAGCCUGACGCCCGGACACAUCCAUUCCGAGGCGGGCGACGGCGACCCCAGCAGGAUAGCGCUAGCAGCUGACCUCCUCAAUGUCGAGGACGACAAAGCAGCCCUCAGGGCUAGCUGUGAUCUUGAGACACUGACUCUCCGGGGCCAUGCUGGGGCUGUCUACAAAACCUGCUUCACCCCCGACUCCACCUACCUACUCUCCUGCUCAGAAGACACCACAGUGCGGCUGUGGGAUGUGAGGACACACACCAACAGGGUGUGCUACCAGGGACACAACUACCCCGUGUGGGACAUCGAUGCUAGUGCUACUGCGGGCUACUUUGCCAGCAGCUCUCAGGAUCGUACAGCCAAGCUGUGGUGCACAGAAAGGACAUAUCCCCUCCGAUCGUUCAUUGGCCAUACAUUUGAUGUAGAUUGUGUCAAGUUCCACCCAAAUGGCAACUACCUUGCAACUGGAUCUGGAGACAAGACUGUCCGAUUGUGGAGCAUACAAAGUGGCCGUACUGUCCGCUUGUUUCAAGGUCACCGGGGCUCAGUUAUGUCCCUUGCUUUCUCACCAGAUGGAAAGCUGUUAGCAUCAGCAGGUGAAGAUCGUCGGAUCCGUGUGUGGGACCUGAGCACCGGCCAUCUGUACAAGGAGCUGCGCGGGCACUCCGACACUGUCUACUCCCUCUGCUUCAGCCGCAACAGCUCAUUGUUGGCCUCCGGGGGCCUGGACUCCUGUAUCUGGGUGUGGGACGUCGGGAAGACCGUAGACAAGGACAACCCUGAGUCCAGCGCCUCACCUGAGCUUCUCAGUGCCUUCCCCACCAAGUCGGUGUCUGUGAUAUACCUCCACUUUUCCAAGCACAACGUGCUGCAGGCUGCUGGAACCAACUUAUGACCCCCACCCAGGGGUACAGUGGAACCAAUUUGUGACCCACCCAGGGGUACAGUGGAACCUGCUUAACAAGGCUGUGUUGUCUGCUGUGUUCUUGAAAUAGCUGUCUCCAUGACAAAUUCGGGACAAACAUGAACUUCUGCUACGUUCACAAGAUCCAAAACUGUUCCUGUAUGGAUAAACUGUGUAAUAGAAGCUGUUCACUGGACUUUGAGACGCUGUUUUAUGUGGGACAGUAGGACAACCAUGAUAUAUGUCAACGAGGAUAGUGGGCCAUAGAUGAAAUAUGUCCACAACACUGGGGUAUUGACUUUUUCUAUCAACAGGGUAGUGGGACAACCAUGUUGUCAGUCAUCUAGGACAGUUGGGACAACCAUCUUGUCAUCUAGGAGAAUUGGGACAACCAUGUUGUCAGUCAUCUAGGACAGUUGGGACAACCAUGUUGUCGGUCAUCAACGACAGUUGGGACAACCAUCUUGUCAUCUAGGAGAAUUGGGACAACCAUCUUGUCGGUCAUCUAGGACAAUUGGGACAACCAUCUUGUCGGUCAUCUUGGACAGUGGGGACAACCAUCUUGUCAGUCAUCUAGGAGAGUUGGGACAACCAUCUUGUCAGUCAUCUAGGAGAGUUGGGACAACCAUCUUGUCAGUCAUCUAGGAGAGUUGGGACAACCAUCUUGUCAGUCAUCUAGGAGAGUUGGGACAACCAUGUUGUCAGUCAUCUAGGACAGCUGGGACAACCGUGUUGUCAGUCAUCUAGGACAGUUGGGACAACCGUGUUGUCAGUCAUCUAGGACAGUUGGGACAACCAUCUUGUCAUCUAGGAGAGUUGGGACAACCAUCUUGUCAGUCAUCUAGGAGAGUUGGGACAACCAUCUUGUCAGUCAUCUAGGAGAGUUGGGACAACCAUGUUGUCAGUCAUCUAGAAUUGGGACAACCAUCUUGUCAGUCAUCUAGGACAGUUGGGACAACCAUCUUGUCAGUCAUCUAGGAGAGUUGGGACAACCAUCUUGUCGGUCAUCUAGGAGAGUUGGGACAACCAUCUUGUCGGUCAUCUAGGAGAGUUGGGACAACCAUGUUGUCAGUCAUCUAGGACAGCUGGGACAACCGUGUUGUCAGUCAUCUAGGACAGUUGGGACAACCGUGUUGUCAGUCAUCUAGGACAGUUGGGACAACCAUCUUGUCAUCUAAGACAGUUGGGACAACCAUGUUGUCAGUCAUCUAGGACAGCUGGGACAACCAUGUUGUCAGUCAUCUAGGACAGUUGUGACAACCAUGUUGUCAGUCAUCUAGGACAGUUUGGACAACGGUGUUGUCAGUUGACUAGGACAUUGAAGGACAGCAGUGAUGUAGUAUGGCUGUCAUCUCAAGGACACUAGGGCAUCCAUGUCAGAUGGCAACAGGACGGUACAUCAAUGAUGUCUGUCCUGACAACACUGCCUACUAUACAGCCAGCAUGAAAGUGUGUGUUGACUUUAGGAAAAACAAGGUGGUAGCCAGCAUACAAUAUUCACUGGGAUGGGCGUCAGUCCUAUAUAGAUGCAAAGACAAAAACCUCAGCUGUGUUGAUCAAUAACAUUGAAAAUAACACUGGGCCAUAAAGAUCUCAUACAUCCAUGGUCAUAUGAAUCUUAUUUCUGAUACAGUUUUAAUGUAUUACGUGAAUACAAGCUAUAAACCUCA